AAGCUUCCCAAACACAGCCGGCCUCAGAUCUGGCACCGAAGAAGUCAGCGGAGUCAGUCCUGCUCCUCCUGCUUUCCUCAACAUGAAUCCAAGCAGACCUUCAGCCCGGCAGUGACAAGUGCUUUCAAGGAGGAGAGAGUUUACCGUGUGAGCGAGCAGGCUGUGCGUAAAGAGCGUAAAGAGCGUGAACAAGGACAAACUGUGCGUAUUUCUCUUUCUGCGACUGGGAGAUUAAAACAGGCGGAGUUGAGCGUCUCUGGAGGAUUCUGUUUUUGUUCAAAGGGAAAUAUUCAGACUUUCCCACCCCCGACAUGGAGUACACGUCCUCCCCGAAACCGCAGCUCUCAUCCCGGGCGAAUGCUUUCUCCAUAGCCGCCCUGAUGUCCAGCGGGAAGCCCAGUAAGGACAAGGAGGCGGAGGAGAACACCAUCAAGCCUCUCGAGCAGUUCGUGGAGAAGUCCUCCUGUAACCAGCAGUCUCUGGCUGACCUGUCCUCUCUGGAUGGACACGGGGACUUCAGCGGGAGCGCACCCCAGGUCUGCACCGAGCCGCUCAUCCCCACCACCCCCGGAGUCCCGAGCGAGGAGAUGGCCAAGAUCUCGUGCAGCCUGGAGACCAAAGAACUGUGGGACAAAUUCCACGAGCUCGGCACCGAGAUGAUCAUCACCAAGUCUGGAAGGAGGAUGUUCCCCACCAUCCGGGUCUCUUUCUCCGGGGUGGACCAGGACUCCAAGUACAUCGUGUUGAUGGACAUCGUCCCUGUGGACAAUAAGCGGUACCGGUACGCCUACCACCGAUCCUCCUGGCUGGUGGCUGGCAAGGCGGACCCUCCCCUCCCUGCACGGCUGUACGUCCACCCGGACUCCCCGUUCACCGGAGAGCAGCUGAUGAAACAAAUGGUUUCCUUUGAGAAAGUCAAACUGACGAACAACGAGCUGGACCAGCACGGACACAUCAUCCUCAACUCCAUGCACAAGUACCAGCCGAGGGUCCACAUCAUCAAGAAGAAGGAUCACACCGCCUCCCUGCUCAACCUCAAGUCUGAGGAGUUUCGCACCUUCGUCUUUGUGGAGACGGUCUUCACCGCCGUCACGGCCUAUCAGAACCAGCUGAUCACCAAACUCAAGAUCGACAGCAACCCCUUCGCCAAAGGAUUCCGGGACUCGUCGCGGCUCACAGACAUGGAGAGGGAAAGUGUUGAGAAUCUGAUCCACAAGCACUCCUACGCACGGUCGCCGAUCCGGACCUACGCCGGAGAUGAGGAGAACCUGAGCGAGGACGGACACUCGGCACAUGCUAGAGGCUCAGCCUUCACCGCCUCAGACAACCUCUCCCUGAGCUCCUGGGUCACCACCACCUCGGGUUUCUCCGGCUUCCAGCACCCACAGACCCUGUCAGCCAUGGGCACCGGCGCAGCCUCCCUCCCUCACCCCAUCCAGGGCUCCCUGCCCCCCUACAGCCGGCUGGGAAUGCCGCUGACGCCCACCGCCCUGGCAGGAACCAUGCAGGGCAGCGGGCCGUCCUUCCCGUCCUUCCACAUGCCGCGUUACCACCACUACUUCCAGCAGGGGCCCUACGCCGCCAUCCAAGGACUCCGCCACCCCUCCACUGUCAUGACGCCUUUUGUAUGACUGCAUCCGUGGGGAGGAGACACCUCAUCACUCUGAUGCUCAUCCUCAACCCAGUGCAACCUGUUAUUCCUCCACCCUGGCUCCUCACCCCUCAUCCAGUCUGAAUCUUUCCCUCUGGACUUUGUAAAUAGCUCGUCUGCAGACAGUGACUUGAAGACGAUGUGACACACUGAUCUGGAAAAUGCAGAGUGCAAAGAACUGUGGAGCCUCUACAGGACUUAUGAACCCUUUGGAGACAUUGUACAAAAAGAUCUACAACCUCAUUACAAACUAAUGCAAGAUGACAAAAGGAGCAUGUUUGGUCUUGGCCCUUGAAGAACAGAAAGUGGAUCCUCAAAUCCUCAAAGUAGACUCAUUUUAACAACAACCAGAAGAGCCUGUUGUCUUCUAAAUAUUCAACCGUCUCCACUGAGGCUUGAAAGGAGGCAGAUUGUUGAGUGUAUCAGCAACGCGGCCUCAAAUAGUCGUUUCUGGAGAGGACUCGUUUGAUGUUAGACUUUGUCGUAUUUCAGCAUAUCAACAGUGGCAGAGCGGCCACCUCAGCUUCCUCUGUUUUCAGAGAGGCAGCCAUAUGUAAAGCUCUAACUUCACGCGCUAUAGUGUCAAAACGAUUGUAAGAUACAUUGUACAAAGAUGUAAAGAUCAACAUGUACUCAUAGGACAGUUCUCACUGUAGAGUUAAAAGAAUCAUAGACGCAUGCUGACCGCAGUAGACAAACACACAGGGUAAACUUUAUAUGAAAUAAGAUGCAGGGGUGAACGAGUCGACCUGCAGCAGGAGGGAGUCUUUUAAUAUGCCUGAGAGGCUCGGUCACACCAGACUUUACAACACAACCUUUCAACUACAAAAACAUCCGUUAUAAAACAAAAUUGGAAAUCGAAUUUAGUCAAAAGCAGUCAGUGGAGAGUGUGUGACGUGUGAGGGAGCAGAGAGGCACAGGCCGAAUCCUAGAUUGCUGUUUGUGUUGCUUUACAAACUUUAAUCCAAGAAGAUCAUUUCUACCACCGAGGUCUUUUACAGAGAACAACAACACAAGAUGAAGUUUAAAAAUGUUCCUUUUUAAGUUGUUUUUGGGGUCUUUUAUUAGAUAAGACAGGUAAAGAGAGAUAGGGACUGUGGGAAGACAUGCGUCGAAGGUUUAAGGCAAGAAGUGACGCCUGAGACUGCUGCGACGAGGACUAAGUCAAACUGGCGCCCUGGUUUUCUUUAUGUUACUUUUAUCAUUUCAAUAUUUCAAGCCAGUGAGUCCUUACCUGUUCAGAAGAAUCUAUGUAUAAUUUACAUCUCUCAGAGUCUCAAGCUCUCUAUCCUGAAAAUGCCACCCUGAUGUUUCCCCUUUCUGCAGAGAUGAUUUCCUUCUUGAAAUCCAGGCCCCUGAAAAUUUGCAGGCCACACAUUGUCUUGACUUUAAACUUUGAUAUUUGGACCAUUCAAGCUUUUGAAACAUUCAUAUCCAAUCUUGCACCAUAAGUAAACAUGUUAGACCUUGGAACACAAGGAUGCACCCUUUGCAGAGUAGUCUCUGUGCAUAUCAGGCGGUGUUGCUUAUAUGAUGAACCUUGUGUGUGUAUUAUUUUAGUCUCUGGUGUGACCGUGCCUUUAAAAAAGAGCAAUUCACCACAAAAUGAGUUCAGAUCAUGAGUUUUAGUCAUUAAUUAAGCAACAUUUUCUGUCCCAUAAUGCAGAGCGAUAACAUCUGUGAAAAACAGAAACAUUAAGUCCGUCUCCAUCGUUGUUUCCAGUAGUCUUCUGAGGACUUGCAGCCAGUUAGCAGCAGGUGUUAGCGAGCUGAUUCAUGGCAGCAUCAGAGCGUGUCGACAGGCCGUCCUCACCUGGAAUAAUGACUCUCUGCUGUCGCAUUUAAAACAGGCCGGGAGGACCGGAGCAGGACGCUGCUGCUGGAGUCAGAGACAGUGAAGGUGCAUCAGACAGCAGCAGAGAAGACAGAGUAAUUUACUAAAGUAACAGAAACAUAAAUACAGUUUGAAGCUUCUUGUUUGAAAACAGUCCAACUGGAAGAAAUAAUUAAAUCUGUUGUUUGAAGUUAAAUUAUAUGGAUUUAUACAUUUUCAGUACGUCAGAGCAACUCUCCUUUUUAUUAAGCAACAUUUAAACAAAACACCAAAGUAUGUUUGAAUACAUUUCUUUAUUAAAUUUACAAGAUAAAAUAUUUAAGGCUGUAAAGGCAGCUUUCUCACAGGUUAUAACUUCAUUUUUAAAAUGUGAGAAAAUUAAUGAAAUUGUGUUAAAGUUAAACUUGAGAGAUUAAAAUAGCUUCUUCUGUUUUUGCAUUGGUAGGAACAGAAAUAAAUAUUCCAUAAACAGUCAAAUAUCAAAAAGAAAAGCAAAAACUUGUGGUUUUUUGAGGGAAAAUAUUUUAAAUUCAUUAAAAAUACCUGCUGAUUAUUAACCGCUGAUCCAUUGACUGCCUCAUGAUUUCAGUUUUUAAUUUGUUACCAAAUGGAUGAAGGGAUUCCUGUCAAACAAAAAGUUUAUUUCAUAUAGAUUUAUUAAAACAAUGAAUUAAUAAAUCAUUUUUUGAUUUUUUAAACUCACACUAUCCAAAACAGCCUCAAAACUCCUCCAUAUUCAUCAGGAUGGGAGAAAAAAACUAAACUAAAUCUGCCAUUACAUUGAGCAUUGUUUCUUAUUUCCUGAAAGAUUCAAACACUUUUACAAAUACAGCUUUAAUUAUUUCAUCUUUCAAAUAAAUUCCCCCUUAGUGAAAAAUGUUAUCUGAAGGGGAAAACAAGUUGGCUGCUUCUGAUGGAGAUGUUUUGCAGCAUUUGGAUGCAUCUAAAGUUGGGUGUUGUGUUGUAUGUCUGAAAGUGUUGACAGCACAGACAGCAAACUUUGAGUGAUGCUGUGUGGACAAACAAGUCAAAUCAGCUGUUUUAAAAACCCUUCUUUUAAAUGAAUACAUCACAUGAUCAUCACACUUUAAUGUACAAAAAGUGACUUUACUCUCCUCUGAUUUUAAGGUUAAAACAUCAAGUGCUGCAGAUUUGUGUUUGGAACUCGUGAAACUCCCUGAACCUCGUGCACAAUCUCGACUCACCACUGAAAACGAUCCUGUUUAUGAGUUUUUCUUUGUAUGCCAUGAUAUGAAUUUGACACCGAGAGAUUGUGUUUUGAUGAUUUUUAAGUGCAAUAUAUUUAUUUUACUCUCUGGAAAUAAUGUGUAAUGUACUAUGUCGCAUUAAAAAUAGUUAUUUGUAAACCUUGAGAAAUAUAUAUCAUCACCCAAACGCUGAGUUUUUUUUGUUUCUCUCACUGAAAACAUGUACAGUUUUGUUUUUCAAAGAAUCACAUUGGAAGAAAUAAACAAAGUCAUGGAGACAUUUUAAAACCA